CUGAUCACAUGUCCAAUUCAGUCGCCCCUCUCUCAACAGAUACCAGCUUCAAACGCCACUUUCCUUCAAGUGAACGUGCUAGGCUGGCCACGUCUCCAUGAGCCAAAACGGGCAGUCUCACGUACUAGAUCUGCAGAGAGCUAGGGCCCAGAUCCAAAAGCUGCUCCCAAAAGAUACGGAUUUGGCCACACGUGCGGAAGAGAUACUUGUCAAGAUCAUCUCCAAGAAUGCUCGCGUAUACGAGACAGACAGGGCGUCAAUAGGCUUGCCUGCCGUAGCGGCUUAUCUGGCCUGUGAAGAAGUCGGAUCCCGAAAGAUAACUCAGAGGGUUUGUCAGACAGAGUCAAGGCUUGGCCCUAAACUAUUCAAGCGAGCUCUGGAGCUCUGUCGUGCUGCCAAGAACCUUGACGAGUCAAAGAUCAACUUCACCUAUCUUGCUCAAAGAUUCAAUGGCAGUAAAGCUCUGCAUUUCAUGCCUAAAACGUACGCGCUCUUUAAGGAAAGUUGCUUCGAGGCUAGGAUCGUGGACCAGGCCACAUGGGAUGCUAACCAUAUCUUGGUUAUAUGCGCCAUUUUCUGUUGGUGUUGUGAUCGGGUGGCGUUAUGGGAGGGUGAGCGCCCAUACUAUAAUGGACAAGAAGUAACAUUCGCAUGUGGCCUCAGCUGGGAAAACGUUCAAAAAUCCAUGUACUACAACCUCAAUCCUCACUGCUCGGAGAGAAUGCAGAACUGGCUGAAGGAACAUGAUGAAUUGCAGGACAGAGGAGGGUCUCCCAAUGGUGGAAUGCCUCCGCCUUCGGGAUCCCAGCAUCCCUCGAAGGCCGACCACGUUCUGCCACCCGGUCAUCCUCCUCCGCCCCUCGAAGACUCCAGGAAGCAGCGUACUCCUGUGCUUCGUACAUACCCCUCAUUUAUGUCUUCAAAGUCGUGCUACUGAUUCCAUUUUGAUACAGCUCCUCCGGUCACCAUCAGUUUCCCCUCACAACCCAAACCCUCUCAUAAGUCCCGAGCCAAUGA